AGGGCAAAGUGCGCAUGCGCAGUGCAAACACGGAAGGCGUGGAGAGAGCGGUGUUUUAGUGAGAGAACACAAGGAUAUAAAAUACACAGAACAUUAAAUAUGUUUAAACUCGAAGGACUGGGACCCAAAUUAGACCCGGAGGAGAUGAAGAGGAAGAUGAGGGAGGAUGUAAUCUCAUCCGUGAGGAAUUUCCUCAUUUAUGUCGCUCUUCUGAGAGUCACUCCGUAUGUCUUGAAAAAGUUGGACAGCAUAUGACGAUGUACCUGAGGAUGAUUCUGCACCUGAACUCAUGGAGAAUUGUCACUCUUCACCUUGUUUGCAGCUCCGUCCUUCAUCAUCAUCAUCAUCAUGCUGCGGUUUUAUUUCCUGGAUGAAGCUGAACUUUUUCGUUAAACCCUGUGUUUUUGCUGUGGUGUUCGUGUCUGAGGCAGCUGAUCAGUGCACACACGACGAGGUGACGAUCAUGUGACUAAACUGUAAAUGUAUAAUGUAUUAGAUUUUCUGUAGAUGACGAUCUCUAGUCUGUAUUAAAAGUUAUUCCUUGAGUGUGUGGACUUAAAA